UCGCUCUCCAUCAGACAACGGGAGUCACCGGCGCUGGAAACACGCUCAGCCUUUUUUUCCUCAGCCGACGCUUAAACGUUCGCACCGUUCGUCGAAAACGCUGCCCUCAGGAGCGUCGUGUCAGCGAAGCGACAUGGGGGAUCGAGUGGCUUUACUCCUGCUGGCCUUGGCGGCUUCGGCUCUGGCCGUGGAGGUGCCUACAGAUGUUUCUAUGGGUCUGUUGGCAGAGCCCCAGGUGGCCAUGUUUUGCGGUAAGCUCAACAUGCACAUCAACGUGCGGAGCGGCAAGUGGGAGCCAGACCCCUCGGGCACCAAGAGCUGCAUCGACACCAAGGAGGGCAUCCUGCAGUACUGCCAGGAGGUGUACCCAGAGCUCCAGAUUACCAACGUGGUGGAUGCCAACCAGGCAAUCAGCAUCCAGAACUGGUGCAAGAAGGGGCGCAAGCAGUGUCGCAACCACAUGCACAUUGUGGUGCCCUACCGCUGCCUAGUGGGAGAAUUUGUGAGUGAUGCCCUGCUCGUUCCUGACAAGUGCAAGUUCCUGCACCAGGAGCGCAUGGACCAGUGUGAGAGCCACCUGCACUGGCACACUGUAGCCAAGGAGUCCUGCGGAGACCGCACCAUGAAUCUGCACGACUACGGGAUGCUGUUGCCGUGCGGCAUCGACCGUUUCCGAGGAGUGGAGUUUGUGUGCUGUCCCGCUGAGGCGGAGCGUGAUGCUGAUAGCACAGAGCAGGAUGCUGAUGAUUCUGAUGUCUGGUGGGGUGGAGCAGAGACUGACUACUCCGACAACAGUAUGGUGCGGGAGCCGGAGCCAGUGGAGCAGCAAGAGGAAACCAAGCCAUCUGUGGUAGAGGAGGACGAGGAGGAGGAAGUGGCCGAGGAAGAUGACGAGGAGGAGGAGGAGGAAGAGGACGUGCUGGACAACGAUCAGGACGGAGAUGGAGAGGAGGACGAAGAGGUGGUGGAGGAGGAAGAGGAGGAGGAGGAGGAAGAGGGAGACGACGACAUCAUCGAUACACUCGAUGACAACGACGACGCCGACGAGCCCACCACCAAUGUUGCCAUGACGACAACCACCACCACCACCACCGAGUCUGUUGAAGAAGUUGUCAGAGAUGUGUGCUGGGCCAAUGCAGAGACUGGUCCAUGCCGGGCCAUGCUGCCCCGCUGGUACUUUGAUCGUCAGGAGGGCCGCUGUGCUCAGUUUAUCUACGGUGGCUGCGGAGGCAACAGGAAUAACUUUGAGUCAGAGGAGUACUGCCUGUCUGUCUGCAGCAGCGUCAUACCCACAGCCACUCCCAGCUCCCCCGAUGCUGUGGACCACUACCUGGAGACGCCUGCUGACGAAAACGAACACGCCCACUUCCAGAAAGCUAAAGAGAGUCUGGAGGCUAAGCACCGCGAGAGAAUGUCCCAGGUGAUGAGGGAGUGGGAAGAGGCUGAGAGGGAAGCCAAGAACCUUCCACGUGCUGACAAGAAGGUUGUCAUCCAGCGUUUCCAGGAGAAGGUAGAAGCGCUGGAGCAGGAAGCAGCCAGCGAGCGCCAGCAGCUGGUGGAGACCCACAUGGCCCGGGUGGAGGCUCUGCUCAACGACCGCCGCCGUCUGGCUUUGGAGAGCUACCUGACUGCACUGCAGCAGGACCCACCCAGGCCCCGUCACGUCUUCAGCUUGUUGAAGAAGUACGUGCGCGCCGAGCAGAAGGACAGGCAACACACCCUUAAACACUUUGAACACGUACGCAUGGUGGAUCCUAAGAAGGCAGCCCAGAUUAGACCUCAGGUGCUGACCCACCUGCGUGUCAUCGAGGAGCGUAUGAACCAGUCUUUGGGACUUCUCUACAAAGUGCCUGGCGUGGCUGAUGAUAUCCAGGACCAAGUUGAGCUCCUGCAGAGGGAGCAGGCGGAGAUGGCCCAGCAGCUGGCCAACCUGCAGACAGACGUGAGGGUGAGCUAUGGCAACGACGCCCUGAUGCCCGACCAGGAGCUGGGAGACGGCCAGACUGACCUUUUGCCUCAGGAGGACACGCUGGCCCUGGGGGGAGUCGGCUUCAUCCACCCCGAGAGCUUCAACCAGGCCAACACUGAGAACCAGGUUGAGCCAGUGGACUCUCGCCCCAGCCUUGACAGAGGCAUCCCCACACGACCAGAAGGUGAAGCUAUUCCUGAGCUGCGGAUGGAGACGGAGGACAGACAGAGCACCGAAUAUGAAGUUCACCACCAGAAGCUGGUCUUCUUCGCAGAGGAUGUCGGCUCCAACAAGGGCGCCAUCAUUGGCCUGAUGGUUGGAGGCGUCGUCAUAGCAACCGUGAUCGUCAUCACCUUGGUGAUGCUGAGGAAGAAGCAGUACACCUCCAUCCACCACGGAGUGAUCGAGGUGGAUGCUGCCGUCACCCCUGAGGAGCGCCACCUGUCUAAGAUGCAGCAGAACGGUUAUGAGAACCCAACCUACAAGUUCUUUGAGCAGAUGCAGAACUGAGGAGAAUGUCACAUGUACACACACACACACACACAUGCACACAUACACACAUGAAAACAUCUCCUCCCACACAUCACGCACCUUCCCUCUCCCCCAUCCUCCCCCCUCGACCGGUCCCACGUCUCCAAAAGGCAGUGUGGCAUAGAUCAUGGAGUGACUGAAAUAGUCAGUUACGAGCAUACGGAGCGACUGUAGCCGGGGUUUCUUUCAUUUCAGCCUGGGCGUACACCGCGGCCGAGCCAGUUUGCACCAAGUUUGUUCACUUUAUUGGAGCAAGACGCCUUUUAAUUAAAGAAAGGAGUUUUUAUAUGUUGCUCCGUCUGGGCCUGCUGAUGUAUGGGGGGGGGAAAUAUAAAAAGGCCCCGCCCAGGGCAUCGAAACAAACCCGCUCUCUGGGGAAAGAAGCGUGUCCUCGCCACACUGAUUCAGGGCCAGUGUAUAGUUGGGUUUUGUUUUUUUGUUUGUUUUUUUUUGGCUUGGGACGGUUUUAGGUGUGGACUUGUGUAGGCAAAUCUGACCACUGAUCAGUCGGGUUACAGGCGCGUGCUGACCUGGUCCUCAUUUAUAAAAAGCGGUUGCGUGCAGAAUCACUUCAAAUCAUUCUUCAACAUGUAUUCAUUUGUUUGGAUCCUAUUCUUUGUAAUGAUUAUAGAAUGAAAUAUAUGCGUAAGUCAGCCAACGGGGUUUAUUAUAAAUGAGGCCCAGUGUUUCCCCAUCUACUGCACCACUACUGCACUCUCCCUACAGUCUACACUGGAGUACAAGUGAGCCUCCUCCCCCCCUCCCCUCCUCCUCCUCCCCCCUCCAUCCCUCCCUCCAUCCUCUUUUCUUUGCGCAUUCUUACGACAGCUGGGCUGUGUUAAGUCACACAAAGCUCUUAAGGAUAACUGGAGAUGCUGAUGAUAAUGAAUAUGUUGACGACGACGACGACGACGACGGUAGUAAUUAUGUAUUCUGAAUGAGCUGUUUUUAUUUUACAGUUUUUCUCUUAUCGUUUC